CCGCCCGCUACCCCACCCCCCUCGGGGAUUCGCUUUUUCCGUAACAAAAUUGCAAAGCUCCGGAUGUUCCGCAACCCGGGCCGCUCACAGGUGGAGGAUCCCGGGGCCUAUGACGGUGCUUCGGAGCGGGAGGCGCCAGCGGGCUGUAGAGAGGCCGGGUUGAGAUCCUGGAGGCGCGCGGGGGUGGGCGCUGCAGCCGCGGGUUGUUUAUCUGGAGUACGGAGGGGAGGGGGGAGCCUGGAAACCGCCCCGUGUCCCAUUUCCUCCUCUUGUUUUCGCUCCGGAUUCUCCAUGUUGGACCCAAACUGAGGAGCCCGGAGCUGCUGCCGGGGGAUCGGGGCCGGGGGCAACCGGGGGAGCCGUUGCCCGGGCCUCCCGCUCUCCGUACAGGCCGCCUCCCUUCCCGGCCCAGGGGAGGAACAAGAGCAGGGAUGUGAACAGCAGUGGGAGUCCGAGUCUCGGCAGCCGGAGCCGGAGCGGGCCCCCGCCCAGGCCCCCCAGCCCAGCCCAGCCCAGCCUGUGCGCCCGCGCGUCCUCCCGCCCAGCCAGCCCGGGCCCGCGGGAUUGUUAGAUGGAACACGGCUCCAUCAUCACCCAGGCGCGGAGGGAAGACGCCCUGGUGCUCACCAAGCAAGGCCUGGUCUCCAAGUCCUCUCCUAAGAAGCCUCGUGGACGUAACAUCUUCAAGGCCCUUUUCUGCUGUUUUCGCGCCCAGCAUGUUGGCCAGUCAAGCUCCUCCACUGAGCUCUCCGCAUACAAGGAGGAAGCCAACACCAUUGCUAAGUCGGACCUGCUCCAGUGUCUCCAGUACCAGUUUUAUCAGAUUCCAGGGACCUGUCUGCUCCCGGAGGUGACAGAGGAAGAUCAAGGAAGAAUCUGCGUGGUCAUUGACUUGGAUGAAACCCUUGUGCAUAGCUCCUUUAAGCCAAUCAACAACGCUGACUUCAUAGUGCCUGUAGAGAUCGAAGGGACCACUCACCAGGUGUACGUGCUCAAGAGGCCUUACGUGGAUGAGUUCCUGAGACGAAUGGGGGAACUCUUUGAAUGUGUUCUCUUCACUGCCAGCUUAGCCAAGUAUGCUGACCCUGUGACGGAUCUGCUGGACAGGUGUGGGGUGUUCCGGGCCCGCCUGUUCCGUGAGUCCUGUGUGUUUCACCAGGGCUGCUAUGUCAAGGACCUCAGCCGCCUGGGAAGGGACCUGAGGAAAACCCUCAUUCUGGACAACUCGCCUGCUUCUUACAUCUUCCACCCAGAGAAUGCAGUGCCUGUGCAGUCUUGGUUUGAUGACAUGGCAGACACUGAGUUGCUGAACCUGAUCCCAAUCUUUGAGGAGCUGAGCGCAGCAGAGGAUGUCUACACCAGCCUUGGGCAGCUGCGGGCCCCUUAGCCUUCCCUGCUGCCAAGCAAUGGCCAUCCCAGUAGGGGACUUUCCUACACUGUGCCUUUAUGAUCAGCCUGACAGAGCGGAAUCUGGAGCAUCUCACCAAAUGAGACCUGGAAAUAGAAGUGAUUGCAAAGAGCUUUAGGACAGGUUAGAUGCUGAGUGGGCAGAUAUCAGACCAGCGAUACCAGAGCUGCCUGCUCCCUGAGUUGGGUUCCCGAGAUGUGAGUAAGUGUAUUUGUGUGUGUGUGUGUGUGUAUGAGUGUGUCUUGCGUUCAACUGUGGUCCCGGGAUAUAAGUGUUUCAGGUUGGGGGAGAAAGUGAAUGAUCAAGACUCUCCCCAAGUUAGUUUGUCUCCUCUCCUGUCACCCUGAGAGCCACCGAGCUCUAUAGGGAUGAAGACCAUUGAAAGCUCCGUCGCCAAACCUAUGGCCUUUCCUCAGCAUUGUAAGGCUUAUGCCACGGAGAAAGGUAGGGUCAGAGGCUGCCUUCGGGUGCCCCAGGCACACAUCUUCCUGAAGCCUUUCUCUCGCCGACUGCUGCAGACAGAAAGACGACACUUCUGGGGAGAUGAAAGCUUGUAUCCAGAACUGGUAGCCCCAGUGGCCAUCAGGUCCUGUGGCCCAAGGGCUGCACUAGCCUCUGGCCGAGUGCCUGGCUCGGGCUCUUUCUGUGUCUCCCCAAGGCUUGGGUGCCAGGCCUGCCUUCCUCACCACCUAGCCAUAGUCUUGAACCUGUGGGGAAGGAGGUCUUCUCCCUGCCCUGGAAGAGGACAGAUAACUGAUUUCCGUUCUUUUGACUCUGUUUUAAAAUUCUCUUUCGAAAUAUGGAGUGUUGGGCUGUUUUGUUUCUGACAGAGCUACAGCCCUGGGCCUGAGGUGAACGUGGGAGGCCCUGGUGGUGCAGGGAAGAGGAGAAUCCCAAGGGCAUGAGUGUGUGUGUCCCCUUGGCUUGUAGGUCAGCUGGGCUCGGGAUGUGUCCCGAAGUCUGCUCUUCAGGCAUUCUGUGCUGGUGCUGCCGCAGGGACUUUGUCCCCAAGCCUGGGAAGGGCGCUCUGGGUCCCACCCACGUGUUUCUUGGGCAGGGCUCUUUUCUCUCGUGUCUUCCCCCAGGGCCAGGUGUCUUCGUCCUUCCUGGCUGUUGCUUUUUCUCUCCAGGGUCUCAGGCACUCCUGCGUUUCCUGGGCUGAGGGGCUGGGUGUUCUCACCGUUUAGUUUGCCAACGUAACGCACGUGCCUCCUGCCAAUGGUAACAGGUGUGAGUGAGCUCUUCACACACCUGCGCUUUGCGUGUCUCUUUGCUUUCAAAGUUUCUUAAUAGUGAAUGCUUUAAAAAAUAAGUCACACAAAGGAAGUUUCCCCAGGAUGGAAAACAAAAGGGGAAGUGCUGCUGUAAUUGGGAGCACAAGGGAUCCCCUAGAGGGAGCCCCACUUCAGCAUCACUGCCUUAGCCAUGGCCUCCCCUCCCUCCGUCGGGCGGGAGGGGGUUCCUAUCCCCCUCUCUGUUUUCCCUGGAGGCAGAUGUCACAAAGCAUUUGUAAGUUGCUUCAGGUGCAAGAACACCGCCCACUCAGGACUUACCCCCAUUAUCCUUUUCAGACUGGCCACACACUAGGGCAGUGUGAGGAGCUAGCCGGGACCAGGUGGUGGAACAGCAGCGUGGCGUUCUGAGCGCCUAGCAUCCUUCUCUAGCAUUGUGAUGCCACCUCCCCUCCUUGUCCCAAGGUUGUGAGGCUUUGUCUUUCCCUUUGGUGUCACAUGAGUAGAACAGGGUCCCCAAAGCCCAUGUGAUCAUUUCCCAGGCAUCAUUCCCUGGUGCCUGUGGGAUCCUGCUUCAUGCAGGUAGGGGAAGAGGGCUCCAGGGCUGGCCGGGAGCGACACCUCCUGAAGGAAAGUGGGAGCUUCUGAUUCUGAGGCCCUGGCCUAGGCCUCUAUCCUAAUAUUGCAGGAGGGGCCUCUCUCCCAAGCCCCAUCCUAAGGAUUAGCCCUUGGGCCAAGUCUGCCAUGGGGUCCAGCUAUGCUUUUCUGACUAAAUAAGCAAUAAGAGGCUCUAAGCUGAUCCAGUUCCGAGGCCCCUUUCUGCCCUGCUUUGCGUCUCCUUGCCUCCAGGUGAAGGAAGAGCUGGUGCCACCCGCUUUCCUAUCAGACUUGUCCAGGUGUUCCAAGGGACUCAUGACCAGAGCCCAGCAUGGCUUGGUGGGAGUGUCCCCGCUGCUUCUGCAUGAAGCCUGGCUCCAUAGGCCUCGUUCUCGCCAGAACCCUGCCCUGCCCCCAUGCAGUUCCUCACCGGAAAUGCCACACCCCCACUCACCCUCUCCUCCCUUCCCUGGAGAGGCAGCUCAGCCAAAUAGGUCUAGGCAGGGUCCAUCGGUG